AUGGCUGAAUUCGUGAGAUCCCAGAUCUUUGGCACGACCUUUGAGAUCACUAGCCGGUAUUCCGACUUGCAGCCUGUGGGUAUGGGUGCUUUCGGUCUCGUUUGCUCCGCGCGAGACCAAUUGACCGGUCAGCCAGUGGCUGUCAAGAAGAUCAUGAAGCCCUUUAGCACUCCGGUUCUUUCAAAACGCACCUAUCGUGAGCUGAAGCUUCUCAAGCAUCUCCGUCAUGAGAAUAUUAUCAGUCUCAGCGACAUCUUCAUUUCCCCUCUGGAGGAUAUCUAUUUUGUUACCGAACUCCUGGGCACUGAUCUCCACCGCCUUUUGACUUCUCGACCACUUGAAAAGCAAUUCAUUCAGUACUUCCUGUACCAGAUUCUUCGUGGAUUGAAAUAUGUUCACUCUGCUGGUGUGGUCCACCGGGACUUGAAGCCCAGCAACAUUUUGAUUAAUGAAAACUGCGACUUGAAGAUCUGCGACUUCGGUCUGGCUCGCAUUCAGGACCCUCAAAUGACCGGAUAUGUCUCGACUCGUUACUACCGGGCUCCCGAAAUCAUGCUCACUUGGCAAAAGUAUGAUGUGGAGGUGGAUAUCUGGAGCGCGGGUUGCAUUUUUGCCGAGAUGCUGGAAGGAAAGCCUCUGUUUCCUGGAAAGGACCACGUCAACCAAUUUUCUAUCAUUACCGAGCUGCUUGGAACUCCUCCGGAUGAUGUGAUCCAGACCAUUUGCAGCGAAAACACUUUGCGAUUUGUCAAGUCCCUUCCUAAGCGUGAGCGCCAAUCUCUUGCCAAUAAAUUCCGAAACGCGGAUGCUGAUGCUAUCGAUUUGCUCGAGCGCAUGCUUGUAUUUGACCCGAAGACCCGAGUCCGAGCCGAUCAGGCUCUGGCCCAUGAAUACCUGACCCCAUACCACGACCCUACAGACGAGCCUGUCGCACAAGAGAAAUUUGACUGGUCCUUUAACGAUGCCGAUCUGCCUGUGGACACUUGGAAGAUUAUGAUGUACUCGGAAAUCCUUGACUUCCACAACAUCGAUCAAGGCACCGAUGCGGCUCAGGCUCUGGUUGCGAGCCAAGAGCCUCCUGUCGCUCCUCAAACUUUUGCCUAG